AUGCCUAUGGACCUCCCUGAAAGAAAUGCCAUGGUCCCAGACCCAACUCUUAGGGAAUCCAUUGACGCCCUUAUCGACGAACUAGAGGGACUGGCUAACGACGCGGCCGGCAGUGGCGGUCGUCACAAGCGGGCAGAACCGGCGCCUUCGCGAGCCAAGCGUCAAGCGGGGGUCAUCAUGUUGAUUAUCACUAUACUGAAGAGAAUCGGGGAAUGGCUGACUGACAUUACCCGGCUCACGGUCGCCAACAUUCCAGAGAUCCAGGAAAUGAUAGUUGAAGUUAAAGCAUUAAGGGUACAAGUCGUUCAACAACAAGUCGUACUCACUUCCAGCCAGAUAUCUGAAGUCAGAAAGACUACGAAGUUAGGAAUCACCCUCCGCGGAGAAAUUGUGCAACAAGAGGCGGCAGCGGCGAAGGAAGCUAAACUCCAGGAAACAAAGACCGCAGUUACACAAAUUCAAACGAGCAUAACAACAAUAUCUUCACAAUUAACGAAUAUCGCAAGUGAAACCGGAGGAGAUGGUGCUGGCAAUGCCGAGAGAAUUGCAGCUCUCGCAGCUAUAAAGGAGAUUAUGGCUAGCUUCACAGCAUCAGGUGUAGUUGCCAUGACGAUGGAAAAGGCAGAGCAACUCAGUGAGCUACAGGCCACUUUAGAAAGCGUUAAAGGAGAUUUCAGUGCUGCAGAAAUUGCGGAAGCAAGUGCGACACUGGCAGCCGUUGCUGAAGCAGAAACUGCGGUAAAUGCCGCGUCAGAGGCAAUCGUAGCUAAAGAGGCUGUGCAAAAGGAAAUAGGUCUGCUGGAACAACUUUUGACAGCAACAACAGUUAUCGAACAAAGUGUCACAGAACUUUUCGCCGCAAUGGCGUCGGUGACAUCAACUGAAAUAAUCGAAACGACUGCUAUAACCGAAACGAUAACUCUGAUCCAAAACCUCCAAGUGCAGGCCUUUACAGAGGAAGAGGUUUCGGCCAUCAAGUCGUUCGAGACUAAAGCUGUCGAACUUAUUGUGCAACUUCAAGCUGGUACGGGGGUAUUGGUAGGUCUCGAUACCCUUCAAACAGCAGUUAGUGAGUUAUCCUUAAUAGCAUCUGCUGCACUUGAAGAAAUGACAUCUAAUCAAGCAAUAAACGAGAAUUUUGAGAUCCUUUCCAAUGUGGAAACGCUCGUGGAAAUGAUCAUCGAGAAAGUGGAAAUAUUAAAGGAGUCAACCACGGGAACUGACACAGCUGGAGAAGAGACAAUAUUACUUAUUAUAGAAUUCCUAAAGUCUUUCAAUGCUGAGAGUGUGACUGUGGAAACGGAAACUCAACUGACUGAAUUUGUAACUAGCAUGACAAGCUUGGUGGAAGAAGGUACAGGUGCCUUUAGCAGUUUGGAUGAAUUGUUAUCGGAAUCUAACAAAGUAAAGGAAUCUGUGUCAACAGCAUUAGCUCAAACUAAAGAGGACGUGCAAGCACUUGAAACCCUUGAGGAAAUGAAGACCAUGGCUGAGCUUACUGCAGAUAUUUCCACUCAAUUAACUGAACUUACCAAAAAAGUUAAUUCUGAAAGUAGUGUAAGUUCUGAUUCUGUUUUAGAGGGCAUAAUACAAAAAAUCAUAAUUGCCAUGCAAAAAAUAUUGUCAGGAUCAACGGAAAUCACAACAGAAGAAUUGCAGACACUGCAAGAAGAAAUCAGUAGUAAAGUAAGCACAAUUGAAGAAAUUUCAGUUGUUGCAGGACUAGAAAAAUCAGUAAUAAUAGCUAGCAUUGCAGUCAAACUUACAGAAUCUGCGGUAAUGAACCUGGAAAUGACUUUUGAUGAAACAAGAUCUUUAGUAACACUUGAGAAAGCCCUCCAGAUUUUAGAAGAUAUAAAAACCUUUGUAAGCACUACCCUUGUACAAGAUGAAGGAGGUAAAAAUAGUGCUGUUAUAGAACAGCUUCAAGCAGAACUGAGCAAGUGGCAAAAAGUAAAAUUGAUUAAAGAAAAUUCGAUACAAACAGUUCUUGGAUUCUUUGAAACUGUGAAAGGUCUGUCAACUGAAGAUCGUUAUGCUGGCUUAACUCAACUAACUGAAACUGUUGAUUCUGUUCAAGAAACGAUAAUACAAGAAAAAACAGCAACUGAGGUAGCUAUAAAAGAAUUAGCAGAAGCCACAACAAUUGAGUCUGCACAAACCUUGAUAGCAGAGAGUAAAACUACACUGUUACAAUUACAGGAGAAAACUCUAGGUUUUACAGAAGAAGUGGCAUCUGAAGAAGUAAACAAUUGCAUUGACAUGUUUAACCAGGUGAUUUCCGACGGGGUAUCUGAAGAUAUUGUCAAGAAUCUUGGAACUGCACUUGAGGAGCUGAACAAUUUUGUAACUAGCUACGACACCACUACCGAAGUAGGCGUACAAAGACUGCAGGAGGCUAUAGAUCUUGCUAAAGAAGCCAAGGCAUCAAUUGACAGAGUAAUUGAUCAAGCUGCAGCAGAGGAAGACAAUAACGUUGAGCUUCUCGAAGAUGCACAGUUGCAGGUGCAAGAAUUACAGUCACUUCUCGGGCAGCUGAGUGCAGGAGACACUGAAGAAAAAAAUAAUGCAAUUGAUGAAGUGAAAGAAUUCAUUGUACAGUUAAAAGAAAAUAUAGAGACAGUUUCAGAGGAAACUAUUCAGAUGUUGAUAUCAAUGAAUGCAAAAAUAUCAAAUAUAGCUACAUUAAAAGAGCAUACAGUAACCAUAACCGGAUUUACAAGUACCUUGCAAGAAGUAACUGAUGAGAUAGCUGAACUAGUGUCAGUUAUUGAUGAAGCUCUUGUUGAAGAGCAAAGGUUGGCUGAUCAGGUAGGUGUGGCAUCUGUUAUAGAAAAUGUAAAGGCUGAAGUUGAAAAAAUUAUAGAAAUUAUAAUAAGCAUUCAAGAGUUUGAAACAACAGGCACAGAAAAUACAGAAUCCAUAAGCGGUUUUAAGACAACACUUGAAGGUAUUACAGACGUGUUGCUUGUCACUACGGACACUGUCCAAGAAAUAAAGGUUAUUGUGACAGAACUUCAAACCAUUAAAGAAAGUAACAUUAAGCCAGAUAACAUUGAUGACUUAAAGAUGGCUGCUGAAGAUGUAGUAGAAGCAUCUGAAGAGUCCUUGUCUGUAAUCCAAUCCGAAGUCGCAAAUAAAGCUACCAUUAAGAUCUCAAAAAUGGUAGAGGAAACACUGGCGGAUAUAGAAAUGAGUUUUAGUGAAUUCAUCAAAAUCUUCGCCGUUGAGCAGCUGAUUGGUGAAGAUAUUGAAGAACUUAGUACAAUAAUUGAAAUUGCUAAAACUAUCAGUUCAAACACAGAUUCAGCAACUGAAGAGGAUAUUGCAUUGUUGAAGGAAACCUUUGCUGCUGCUGAAGAGAAAUUAAAUCUUCUCAGCGAUGAACAGGGUGCUGGCAAUCUUGUGGCUGCCCUGACUGCAGUGGAAAAAGCAAAGGAUUCUACUAUGAGCAGACUCUCAGAAUUAGAAGACUUGAAGGAAAUUGAAAUGGAGGAACAGAGUCUAGAGAAAAUAAACACAUUACUUCUAGAGGUUCAGACUGAAAUUGAGUCCAAAAUUACAGCAAUUGGAGAGAUAACUACGACUGACUCAAAUGAAGAACUUGCAGAAAUAACAGAGCUCAAGGUAAUAAUGGAAGACUAUAUCUCCAAGAUGUUUGAAAAGACUGAUACUGAACUUCAGACCAGCCUGGAUCAAUUAAAAGAGAUUACAGUCACAGCAGGCCAGGAAAUAUCAGGGUUAUUUGAAUUACAGACUUUGACACAGGAAGCAAUUACUGCUGUAGAGGAAGAGCAACAAUUCGUUAUGAUGACAAAGGAGAGUCGCAAUGAAAAGACCAUUUUAAGCCAAGCAUCUGCGGAACUAAUGAAUCUUGAAUUGGAGUUUGCUUCCCUGAAGACCUUCUUUGAAGGUAAUCAGGAGGAGCAAACUACACUGUUUAUUGUGGAUGAUAUAAAAAUCAUUUUGAGCGAAAUGGAAUCGACAGAGAAAAUAACUUUUGAGACAGUAAAGGAGCUUAAAAAACUGAAUAGUGAACUGAAAGAGGCUUACACUUUGACUAAUGUAGAUACACGAGUUUUUGAAGAGGUAGAAACUCAGAUAUCGUCCAUAGCAGAGAAUAUAGAAGAAUCAUUGCAAGAACUUGCAGUAACUUCUGAAGAGAGGGAAGCUGUCACUACUUUGCGGACCAGCAGCACAAUCAUAUCAGAGAUAAAAUCGGUAUUCGAAUCAAUCAGUGUUGACUCUGCUACUGUAGACAAUGCUGAUAUAGAAGGUUUUGUAACACUGCUCACUGAUAUAAAAGAAGUAGGUAGUGUAAAUGCUGUGCAGGUCAAAGAACUAGAACGUCUAGAAGUUGUAUUCGCAACAUUAGGAAGCAUUAGUGAGCAAGAUGUAACCAAAAAGGACGAUGCCUUAAUUCUGAUUGAGGAAGUUUCAGAAAUUAUCAGUGAAAAACUAUCAUCCACUCAAACAGCAAUAACAAUCACAGCCAAGUCUUCCGUUCUGAACAAAGCAACUGAUGCUAUGAGAACUAUUAUCGAUACAACAUCAACACUCAUAUCAGACAUAGGCCUAGCUUCAGAGGAAUCUCCAAAUGAGGAUGUUGCUAGCUUGAUUGUUGCAGUCAAGGAAGUGUCAGUUGCAUCUCUCACUACUGAACAGAUAACUCAAAUAGAAACUACAAUUGAGAAGUUAGAGGCUAUUACUGUUACUGAAGGUACUGGAAUCAAAGACUUAUUAAUGCUCAAAUCUGUUGCCGAGAGUAAGGUGGAAGAACUGUUUAACAGUAAUGCGGUUCUAGGAAAGACAAAGAUGGAGACUGUAAGCUUAAACUUUGUGACAGCUAUUGAAACUGUUGUUAGAAAUAUCAAAAUGGAACUUACCGAUAUUCUGGACAAUUCUGAUAUAUCAGGUUCUGAUGUUAGUAGUGUUAUCACAGAAAUUGCCGAUAUUCUUGUCGAAGAUGUAGAUUCAAUGACAGAUCAAAAUGUCGAGGAAUUAGAGGAAAAAUACAAUACCUUAGUACUCACUAAAACAACCAUUAAAGGAGGUGCCGAUGCUAUAAAGGGCGUCGUAGACACUCUUUCAGUUUUGGAAGAAAGCGUCAUGGAGAAGAAAUCAAAGAUCGAAAAAAAUCAGAAAAAGAAUUUCCAGAUAGCCAUAUUUAUGGAAGCUGAAAGCACUAUGACAAAGAUAUCAGAAAUUACAUCAAGUAUUUUGGUGAUUGGCGAAGAAACCGCAGACAGUGAAGAGAACGAAGAUAUCUCAGCAUUGAUCAAAAGUCUAACCAUGUUUGAAUCUAAUGUGCUAGGAAUAACAAAAUCUGUGACGGUGCGAUGCUAUAAGGGCGUCGUAGACACUCUUUCAGUUUUUGGAAGAAAGCGUCAUGGAGAAGCAAAUCAAAGAUCGAAAAAAAUCAGAAAAGAAUUCCAGAUAGCCAUAUUAUGGAAGCUGAAAGCACUAUGA